AUAGUAGCAGGUACUUCCGGGUUGGGAGCUCAGCCAGGCUGACAGGAUUCAGUCCCACUUGUCGCAUGGAGUUGACCAGCAUGUCCAUCCAGCUGCAGCCGAUAUCGACGAAUGGGAACGAAGAACGGGUGACAGCAGGUAAUGGAGACAGUGUGGUCUGCGACAUCCCUGAUGCAGCAGCAGAAGCAGAGACAGACUUGUUCCUUCCAGUGCAGACUAACGGAUGCAAUAGGGGAGCGGUGCCCAACAACCAUGCAGCAGAACAUCAAUGUGCUCCGGAAGUGCUAAACAAUACUCAAGAGAGCUUUGUGUUCAGGGUAAAAAGAGAGCUGAAUGAGGUCGUCUAUGAGUCCGAGAAUGCGAAGUGCAAAAUCACAGUAUGGAUGAUCAUCGCCCUCAUCAUUUCGCUCAUCGUUGUUGUGAUUAUAAUUUCUAUGGCCGUGUGCUCAGCGAUCCACAAGGACCCGGAUGAGGACUUUGACCCUUCGUUGUUUAAAGUUCCAGUGUACUUCAGUGGGAGUUUCCAACUUCCCAAUCUUGUGUUCACAGAUGAACUUCUCACCAUUUCUUCCAAUAAAAGCCAAGCACUCGCCGCAGGCUUUCAAGAAAAGCUCGCUGACCUCUACAGAUCCUCCCCUGCUCUAGGACGCUAUUUCUCCAAAGCUGAGAUAAAUUCUUUCAGAAACGGUUCAGUCAUGGCUGACUACCAGCUGGAGUUUCUCAUGCCUGAAGAAGGGCAGGAUCAGCUGAGGAACUUCACUCUGAGCAGGGAGAUGGUUUACAACGUGUUCAGACAGUUCCUAUAUGACCAGGAGCCAAAUGAGUCAGAGCCGAUGUACAUAGAUCCUGUUUCCCUAAAAAUGUCUGUAAGACACCAGUGACGCUGACAGAUCAGUGAGCAAAUCUUACUUCAAGACACUGAGAUGAACGCCAAACUUCCUACAGCAAGGUGUGUGGUUAAAACACAAGACUUGUCAGACAUCUGUGUGAUUCUCCCAUGAGUCUGUACUCCUUUCCCACAAGUCACACAAACCCACAUUGGCUGCAGGUCACAUGGAAGAUCUUGUUUGUUAAUUAAAAAUUCAUCCGUAGUGUGGGGAAGUUUCAGGUAACAUGGACUUCUACAUACUGACAAGAAAAAGCUAACAAAAAGCUGCAUGUAUGACGUAUUUUUCAUAUGGUAUUUGAGAUUUUAUUGUGUAUUACUGUAAUGUGCCUACACUUUUAUGAAGUGUAUUGUAAGUAUUGAUAUUAAUGUAAGCGCUUUAAUUAUUUAUAUUCGCUGACUUUAACUGUGAUUCAUUCAUGACUUUUUGUACAAAACCCGUGGCUGAGUACGUGUUUUUAAUGGAAAUGCAAGUGUUUUAUAUUUGCAGAUCAGUGUCAUUACUGUUCUCCUUCACCGAACACGUUUUGCAAAACAAAACUGUUGCACGCUCAUAGAUAAUUUGCCUGGAGAGCAACAAACAGUAGGAAAAUCAGCCUGAGAGAACUGUGCAGCCUGGUGGAGCAACAAUUUUGUAAUUUCCGUAACAAAUUAUAUUUAUGAUCCAUGUACAGUACAUCACGGAAAGCGUCACAUUUGUUUUGCAUUUCUUUGAGUGUUUAUUAUUUGACACGUGUCAUGGUUCAGCCUUCAUCAACCUGCUGCAGGCCUUUUUAUAAUCACCUUUGUGGUUGAACAGUAGAGGGAGUGCAUGUCCCACAUACAGGUGAGCAGGUACUCCCUCUUUUCUGUCCACACUGAUCUAUAUAAUUCUGUUGAAAGCAGCACAGGUACAACAAUGUCAUUUACGUCACCAUAUUGUACUUUGCUAGAGCUGUGACGCAGCUUGAGAAGUGACUAAAAGAAGACGGGAAAAAAAGGGGAAAACCAAAUACACAAAACCUAAACUGAAAGGAAAACAAAAGAGAAGGAGACCAGAAGAACUUUGUCAUUUGGUGGAGUUAAUGUGAUACGUCGAGGCACCAUCAUACUUGAGAGAUUAAAUUAGGGCAGACAUACUAUAUGUAGUAAUUACAGGCAGGACUAGGUUGAUAUUUUCCCCUACAGUUGUGCUCGUUGCAGAUUGUUACUAUAUAAAAUCAGUAGUUGUAAGUAAUAUGUUUAGCAGCUAAAGCUGUAAGUGUGUCAGGCUGCAGUCUGUUUCCUGCCAGUGAUCAUGUCAACACUUCUGUCUCUCUAAUAAGAUUACAGCUGUGAUUAAUGUUUAUGCCAGAUCACCUGCCCACAGACAGUGAGUUUUCCAGCAGAUGGGUUUUAAUUAGUCUUCAUGGCAGCUGGUUGAGGGUUUUUUUUUCUUUCACGAGUUCAUUUUUUGGGAUAAGAAAACAUCUGAUGGUACUGGUUUGAUUAAAAUAAUCAUGUUCUGUCAGAUAAAGAGUGUUUUUUACAGGUCCAGUAUGUAUCGCUGCUGAAACUGUGCAGUUAACGUGAAGCUUGAAAUAAGUUUUUACAGUCAUUCAGUUACAGUUUAACUUCAGAGUCAGUUAAUUCGGACUCUGAUUCCAGGAUACCGUGUAAACAAGGCUGACAUAGUGACUAUGCCAAGUAUUGGGGUUUUAUAUAACAAUUACUUAUAAUAUAGUACUGUACUAUAUUUUGGCACUUUACUUGAGUGUAUUUUCCAUUGUAUUCUCCACUCCAGUUCUAAGGAAAUAUUGUUUUUUUGUUGUUGUUUUUUAUUUUAGUGUAGUGCAUUUAAUUGACACAUUUAUUCACUAAUUACUUUGCAGAGUUUGAUCAAUGAACCCAAAACAGACAAUCAAGUUAUGUUGUAAUAUUAUAGAUGAAGCGAAGAUUAAAUGCACAACCUGCCCGGCAGAAAGUAAUUCACUUUUGCUAAUACUUCUGUACUUUUACAAAGGUAACAUUCUGAAUGCAUGACUUAGACCUGCAACAGAGUAUUUCUACACUUAUCACUAUUAGUUAAAGAUCUGAGUACUUCUUCUACCUCUGUGUGGAGAUGGUAGUGGUGUUUAUUAAGAACAUUGUAUUCCUAAUUACAUACAUCUUUUUUUUACUGGUGAACACGAUUUGAGAAGAUUUAAUCCAAUACACAGCUGAGUUUGAUUGAAGAUAUAAUAUCGGGUACUCUGAAAAGAAUUCUUAAUCGUACCGUAUAUGGAGGGAAAUAGUCAUCCCUCAGCCCCCUCCCCCCCUUUUUGAAGGGGAAGACUUCCACACUGCGUGACAGCCACAUGCUGGUCAAGAGUUCAAGCUGAAACAGCUGUACAUCAGUUGGAUGAACAAGCUUCUUAUAAACCCAAUCACUCCACGUGCUUGUGAAACCUUCAAGUAUUGCAAAAUAUUGUAAAUACUGCUAUAAAUAAGCAGCACAUCUCUGUUAACACUGGAUUUAUUGAUUCAGACUGCAUGACUUUAGUUGACUUAAGCUGCUCUGUAGAUAGGGAGGGUAUUUCUGCAGGUGAUUAAACUCUUUCUGUUAAACUAAACACUUUUUUUUAACCUGCUGGCAGCAGUGAGAGCUCAUGUGUUAUUGCAAAGGGCAGCAGUGUGGAUCCUGGUAGUAUAUGCAUGAUAGCUGCCUGGGUUGUGUGUGGCCACUGGCCGUUCAUUUCCUCAAUCCUAUUUUGAGAAUUGUCAAUCGUCUAAAGCCAGAUUUACUUUAAUUAGAACACUGAGCUUUGAUUGCCUGAUUGGUUUAAGCAGCACUUCACAAGUCUCAAGGCUUCAUCGUAGCCACAGUUCUCAAAGGUCUGCCAAGGGUCAGCAGUGCUGGUUAAACACGUAUUUGUAUGUUACGUUUUUCUUUACUGACACCAACUCAAUUAAGGUCUGCUCCUCAAUGCCUCAAGUGUAAAAUGAUUCUCAUCUUAAAACUUGAGUCAUUUGAAUAUUAUGUCUUAUGGAAUUGUUAUAUAUUAAUUUCAGGAGGCAGAUAAAUGCAUCACUGUAAUACAUAACACUUUAGUAAAAAACACCUUAAAGCACAUCAUGUUUAUGUUUCCCAAAGCUUUAUAUGUAUUAAAUGAAUAAAUACAAGUAUUUUAAUAGGUCUGAAUUAAGUAAUGUGAUAAAAAGGUUGUUGUUUUUUUUAUCAAUAAACAUAAUUAACAACUUG